GUCACAUUCGUCAAAAGUUAAAAACAAACCGGCUGCGAUAUAAAAUUUGAUUAAUUUUUAAAGUUUUUAAGUAGAUUUUGUUGAUUUUAGUUGGAAAAAAUGAUGGCAGUACGUCCUCCGCCGUAUCCCGAGCCUUUUGGGACUGAAGCUGAUCAAGAUGCGAACUCGCUUUUAACUGAAUUGGACAAAGGUCUUCGUUCGGCAAAAAUCGGCGAGCAAUGUGAAGCAAUUAUCCGUUUUCCAACACUUUUCGACAAAUAUCCGUUUCCAAUCCUCAUUAACUCGUCCUUUUUGAAGUUGGCAGAGUUUUUCCACGGCGGCUCCAACUUGAUCCGGCUUUGGGUGUUGCGCGUUUGUCAACAAAGCGAAAAACAUUUGGAAAAAAUCCUCAAUGUCGAUCAAUUUGUGAAGCGAAUCUUCAAUGUCAUUCACUCGAAUGAUCCUGUAGCGCGUGCUUUGACCCUAAAAACGCUCGGAGCAGUUGCCGGAGUCAUUCCCGAGAAGCAAGAUGUUCAUCAUGCCAUCCGUAGGGCACUUGACAGCCAUGAUACGGUCGAAGUUGAGGCGGCGAUACAAGCCAGCGUGCUUUUUGCGGCGCAAUCGAAGACUUUUGCUGUCAGUAUGUGCUCGAAAGUGUCUUCGAUGAUCGAAUCCCUGCAAACGCCCAUCAGUAUGAAGUUGAAACUCAUUCCGGUGCUUCGUCACAUGCAUCAUGACGCAAGUACAGCUGCUCUUGUGAAGACUUUGUGCAUAAAUUUACUCCCCAAAUACCCGUCGGAGAGUUUUGUGCUCGUAAUUUUGGAUUCGUUGACGCAACUUUCGAGCGCAACUCUUGUCGAUAUCCCGGAUCAAGUAAAUUUGCUCAUCCAAUAUCUCAUGGAUCCGCGUCAUCGUGUCAGAAUUCACGUUUUAAAGUGUUUACAGCUUUUGGCGGAACGUGGAGCGCAUUUGUGGCCCAAAAAAGCGAUAAUUGACUUGAUUUCUUUCGCUAUGAUGAGUUUGCAGAACGAAACAUCGACCGAACAGAGUUUAGUUCUUUCCGUAAUUCUCGCUUUAACAAAGUGUCCCGUCACAUGCCACACAUUACUCAACGAAGAAGUCAAUUUGGAGCUCUGUUCCGCCUGUUUGGUCUUGGAUAAUCACACCGUGGCAUCACAAGCGAUGGCAAUAAUGACAAGUCUCAUCGCCUAUUGUUACAACGAGAAGAUUUCGCCGCCUCUGAUGUACUUGGAACAGAUAAAUCUCCAUUUGGAAAGCUUGAUUUUCACAUCGUUGGCUGACGAAACGCUCGUGAGGGAGUUCGCGCAGUACCUGAAGUGCGGCGUUCGACUUACGGAGAAAAAUUUCAACUUUGGCGAGAAUUUUGUCGAAUUAAUUGGGGGUCUCAUGACCGACGAAGGGAGCGUUUUGCCGGAUAAACAUGCGAUUUUGAUGGUAGAGACCCUGGGAGCACUUUGUUCGCAAUUUUACUUGCAAGAACAUUCUGGCAUGAAACGAGAACCAAUUUCAGAAGCUUCGAUGGAUGUCGAUUCGAACCAAAAUCCGGCAAAUCCCUUCGAUUCGCUGUUACCCCAACUACUUCGCAAGAUGGAAUCGCUUUGUGAAGCCAACGAAAAGCCAGAUUGUCAUUUUAUUGAAGUCCUUUCGGCAGUUUGUUUGCAAGCGAUGCUCGGGCACUUCAUGCCGCAACGCGUAAUUGACAUUUUUGACAAAGUUUUCAACGCAACGAAGAAUUUAUGGACCAAAUUUCGUAUUGCACGUUCAGCAUCGCGUUACGGGCAUCAUUAUCUCGCCGCGAAAAUCUAUCAAAACCUCUGCGGCGCCGUUUCUGAUGAAAAAUAUUACUUUUAUCUCACGGCGAUGUUCCAAAUUUCGCAAGCCGAGUGCAUUUUGCUGUACGGAACGAACUUUGAGGAGCUCUGUCGGGACUAUGUCGUCUUCGAACCGAUAAAUGUCGACCCCAAAAUGACCGUCGGCGAGAAAUUGGACAAAGCUAUCAACUUAUAUUGGAAGGCUUUGUCAAAUUUAAAGGCAACAUCAACCGGAACUCAUGCCUUGACCUUCCAAACGGAGUUUGUCAAGUUACGAGCGCAGUUUUUGGAAGCGUUACAUGGCAUUGUUAUCGUUCGAAACACCCAAUGUAUCACUCCGCCGCCCGCAAUUGCCCAAACUUUGGCCCAAAAUUCACGAGAUCACCUACAAAAGUUUGGCCAUGUGACGAAUCAACUGCGAAAAACGGUUAAAACUCUCAAAAUUUGCGAGGAAAAUUAUCAAAAAUUGUACAAAUCAGCUUUUGAUGCAGAUCCGGGGACUUUAGAACACUUGGAAAUUAUGCAACAUUUGUGUUCCGUGCUCGGGCAUUCCGUAGAAACAAUUUGUUUUGUCACGCCAUCCGAAGCUCCUGCCAUUCCCAUCAAAGCAAACAGUCCCGAGACCCGAUUUUUCCUCAAUAAUUGCAUCCGCGUCGCCCAAGAAUUGAAAAAUCUCCCAACUUCCGAUGCGGAUUCCAUCACGAACAAACACACAGACGUCAUUUUGGCGCAAAUUGAUGUCGUUACACGUUCCUCGAUGUGUCUCCCGCGAUUUUUCUUUCAAACCUUGCAAAAUACUUCGAUAAAAUUAUCACUUACGCCGCAGCCCCGUAACGCAGGCGAACCUGUAGUUGUGCAACCCGGCAGUAAUUUGGUCGUAAAAGUCGAAGGAGUCGUUCAAAGCACCACAAAAUCCCGGAAAAAGUCAUUCCGGCAAAUUGAUUCGGUGCAAUUGCAACUCGUUUCGCAACUUGUAACUCCGCGCCCGCCCGAUUUGAAAAGUUCGAACGAUACAAUUGUCAUGAAUCAAACCGUGAAACCGCAUCGGGACUUCUUAACGGGAAGUUUUUUGCUCCCAUUCAACAAUGUUCAGGUGAAUUACAUGGGAAAUCAGGUCACGCUUGGCGGGCAAUGGCAAGUUUCGUUGGAAACGUGCGUAAUUGACACGAAUGGCGUGCUUUGGAACACAGGCCCGAAGAGCUCUUUGGUAGUUCGUGUGCCGGAGGAUCAGAAAAUUCAAAGUUUUCAACCUGCGCCAAUGAGACGUUUCUAAUUUUGAGCCUUUUUUGUACGAAAUAAAGGAAUUUCUAAGCACAAUUUUUUAUUAAAUAUUCUUCUAAGGGUAUUUUUGGCGAUGAAAAGGGCUAAAAUUAACUCGAAUUAAUUAAAAUUAGAUUUUGAAACCCUGAUCACGCAUACAUUGCUUGUGUUUUUCUAUCAAAUCGCCGCAGUUUUCCUCUCCUCGUUGCA